AUGGAUCACUUGACGAAUACUUAUUUGAUGAGGUCCAGGGGAUUGAAUGGGGAGGUCACAGAAGAUUGCAACUGGAAUCAGAUACUGAAGGAGGGUCAAGUGAAGAUAGCCCAUUAUGACAUAAAGCCAGCUAAUGUUCUUUUCAUUGCAAACUUCUCUUCCAAGGUUGCAGAUUUUAGAUCGGCAAGCCUUCUUUGCAAUAGAAAGAACUAUCAUGUCACAAUAACUGGAGGUAGUGGGGCUCCUGGCAAUGCUGAAUCAGAGAUAUGGAUGCCAUUGCCUGUGACUCGUAAGUGCCAUGUCUCAAGCUUUGGCAUUCUUCUAUCUGAGAUCUUGGGAAGGAGGAACCUUGAUACACAGGCUUAA